CAUGGACAACAGGUUUGAGGCAAAUGCAUUUGCGACAUUUUAGAUGAUGGCAUCUGAUAAGCGGUCGUCACUAGUUACCCCAGCCACAAUGUCGUUGUUAAAAAAUCUGAUUUUAAACCUAACCACACAGCUAACCUCACGCCUAACACUAAACCUCAAAUUAAGACCAAAAAGCAACAGCAAUUUUUUUGGGGGAUUUUCACGAUAUUGCAAAUAUCGACUUUGUGGCUGUGGUAACUAGUGGAAACCCCGCUCAACUGAAUGGAUCACAUGAUUUUUCUGCGUGAAAUCUAACCUUACUGACAAGAAACGAUUGUAUAUACACAUAAAGAGCUAUUUAGAAAUUUGUUGGACUUUGAAAUAAUUGUAUUUUCCCUUCUUCCACGAGGAAGCUGCUUUUGGGGGAGUGGAUUGCUGUUGUUGCCCUGCCUUGCGGCCUCACCUUCCUUCCCCCAUCCGCGAGAACAGUGCAUAACUGUGUACAUCAUCUUAGCGUAAUGGCAAAUGAAUCUCUAGAAAAUGAUGGAGGGACCGGUUCGAGAAAUUCAAGAAAUAUACAUUUCACAUCAUCUGUGGAUCUCAGCACGUCCUUGGAAUCGAGUGUUCAGACUCGAAUAUUUAAAAUAAUUGUAAUCGGGGAUUCUAAUGUAGGGAAGACCUGCUUAACCUUCCGCUUCACCGGUGGGAGCUUUCCAGAGAAGACCGAGGCGACAAUCGGUGUGGAUUUCAGGGAGAAAGCAGUGGAAAUAGAGGGCGAAAAAAUAAAGGUGCAGGUGUGGGACACUGCAGGACAGGAACGCUUCAGGAAGAGCAUGGUAGAACACUACUACCGCAAUGUGCACGCUGUCGUUUUCGUUUACGAUGUCACUAAGAUGAACUCAUUCCAGAACCUGAAGACGUGGAUCCAGGAGUGCAACGGGCACCGUGUCUCACCCACUGUGCCUCGGGUACUGGUGGGCAACAAGUGUGACCUGGUUAGUCAGAUACAAGUGCCCUCCAACACUGCCCUCAAGUUUGCAGACGCCCACAACAUGCUGCUGUUUGAGACCUCGGCCAAGGACCCAAAGGAGAGCCAAAACGUGGACUCCAUUUUCAUGUGCCUUGCAUGUCGGCUGAAGGCCCAGAAGUCCCUGCUGUACAGGGAUGUGGAGAGGGAGGACGGAAGGGUUAGGCUUUCACAAGAGACAAAUAUUAAUAAGAGCAUCUGCCCUUGCUGAGGGAAAUACUGUGACUCUCCUCCACUCUGCAAUGAUUCCUCCUCUCCUUUUAAUACUGCUGUGGCUUGAAUGGAAGAAUUGAACAUAAACAACAUAAGAAGAAGAUACUGUUCUAAAGUUAACAUUUCUUGGAGGAAUGUGCGUGCAGUUAUUU